GCCAGAAUGGGAAGAACGGAUGGACGUCUUCGUGGAACGUGUGUUGAUGAAUGUUAUCUUCUCUCUUCAGCCCGUUUGUCAGGCAGCUUAUAAUAACGAUUUCAAUGAAGUUCAUCUCCUUUUGGAGCGCAACAACAACUACCUGAACGUCCAGGACAGCGCUGGUGGAGACACACCCCUGAUUUGUGCAUGCAAGCAGGGAAACAACAGGAUAGUUAGGUACCUUCUAAGAAGAAAUGCUGAUGUCAACCUCAGAAACAAGAAAGACCGCACAUGUCUGCAUUAUGCUGUGAGAAAACGGUUUACCUUCCUUGACUACGUGCUCAUCAUAAUACUUAUGCCAGUUAUGCUUAUUGGAUAUCUUCUCAUGGUCUCAAAGACUAAACAGAAUGAAAACCUGAUCAAGAUGUUGCUUAGAGCUGGAGUGAACGUUAAUGCUACAGACUUUUCUGGUAGCACAGCCCUUCACUAUGCCUGUGAAAUGAAAAACCAGGCAGUCAUUCCUCUCCUGCUUGAAGCUCAUGCAGACACUUCUGUCAAGAAUCAGAAUGGAGAGACUCCCUUAGAUAUAGCAAGAAGACUGCAGUUCCACAACAUUGAAAGCAUGCUAAAGAAAACUUCCUAGUCAUCAAGAACUCUUGAUCGUACAGGAAGCUGCCUCAUCUGGCAAUCUGUCUUGCACAGCAGCAGGAGUCCCGCAGAGUUUUGAGAGCUGUUACCUGACAAAGAUGGGAGUUAUCAGUACCUCCACAGCCAUGUAGGCUGGAAGGAGUUAGUGUGAUUUUACUAAGCCAUGAAUGAUUACAGCAGUGUUCAAAAUAUUGCCCUUCCCAUCUGCUUCCCCAGUUUUAUUACUUCUUUUGUGCAGACUGUGGAUUUUGACAGCUUAGCUAUGGCAUUUCUUGAACCUUCAACAACACAAGUGUCCGUUGUGCAGCCAAAGCAAAAAUAAAAUAUCCUUUAGAAUGUG